AUGACAACGAGGUGGGCAGAGCCAAGUGCGUUCCAGUCGGUGCUUGCUGGCGGUGUAGCAGGAGGCGCAGAAUCUCUGAUAACAUACCCGACAGAGUUUGUGAAGACGAAGCAGCAGUUAGCUGCCAAACAAGGGGCACACAUUUCGCCAUCGCGAUUGCUUAUUGAUGUUGUGAGACGUGAGGGAUUCCGACCAUUGUAUACAGGAGCAGGUGCUUUCUGUUUGUCCAACACCUCCAAGUCAGCAGUGCGAUUCGCAAGUUUUAAUUUCGUCAGAAAACAUCUACCAAAAGACUUUUCCACUGGCAAGAUUUCGGCUUUGGGCAAUAUGUUCGCAGGCUUGUGCGCCGGGAUUGCGGAGAGUGUUACCGUUCUAACACCGGGUGAGAAUCUGAAGACAAAGAUGAUUGACAAUCAAGCUGCUGGCGCUGCCUCAUCCUAUAACUCUAGUUGGAAGACGUUUAGAAGAAUCGUGGACACAGAAGGGGUCUUUGCGCUGUACCGUGGUGUCGUGCCAGUCAGUCUAAAGCAAUCUGCAAAUGCCGUUGUUCGAUUCACGACUUACCAGUUCCUUCUCGAACAUAUCAUGGACUAUUCCGAAAGACAAAAGACCACAUUGCCGUUACUGGCACCUGCGAUCGCCGGAGGAUUUGCAGGAAUCAUAACAGUGUACUGUACGAUGCCAUUCGAUGUUGUCAAGACCAAGAUGCAAGCAAUUCGAGGUAAGAGCAGCUAUCGAGGCUCGUUUGACUGCUUGCAAAAAAUCGUUGCUGCACAUGGAAUUGGGAUUUUGUGGAAAGGAACGACGCCGAGACUGGUGCGUUUGAGCAUUUCUGGUGUGCUUUCCUUCAGUAUAUAUGAGCAAGUCAUAGCAUUGACGAGCCGAUCGAAGGCUGACAAGGAUGAAAUGCUCGGAAUGCAAGGCGGAAAGAUUCUGUCCUCAUAG